AUGUCGACCAACUUCCGAGACCGGGCCAUCGCCGAGGUCCAGAAGGCCAUCGCGGCGGAUCACAACAAGGAGUACCAGCAAGCGUUCGACCUCUACAUGUCGUCGAUGGAGCUCUGGGUCAAGGCGCUGAAGUGGGAAAAGAACAAGGCGCUCAAGGCCACGAUGCAGGAGAAGAUGGCGACCUACCUCGACCGUGCCGAGAAGCUCAAGCAAUUCCUGCAGUCGGAAAACGAAAGCAACGCCAACGGCGGCAAGUCUCUCAUGGGCGUCAAUGGGUCGAGCGGAGGCAAGGCCAAGGGCUCGGCCGACGACGACGACAGCAAGAAGCUACGAAACGCGCUCGAGGGUGCCAUUCUGCAAGAGAGGCCCAACGUGCGGUGGGAGGACAUUGCCGGUCUGGAAGGUGCCAAGGACACGUUGAAGGAGGCCGUCGUGCUACCCAUCAAGUUCCCUAGCCUGUUCCAGGGGAAACGACAAGCAUGGAAGGGCAUAUUGCUCUACGGACCGCCUGGCACGGGUAAGAGUUACCUCGCCAAGGCCGUCGCGACGGAAGCGAACAGCACAUUUUUCAGCAUCAGCAGUUCAGACCUCGUGAGCAAGUGGAUGGGUGAAAGUGAACGCCUCGUCAAGCUGCUCUUCUCCAUGGCGCGGGAGAACAAGCCUUCGGUGAUAUUCAUUGACGAAAUCGAUGCGCUCUGCGGCCCCCGCGGCGAAGGCGAGUCCGAGGCCUCACGCCGCAUCAAGACGGAGAUUCUCGUUCAGAUGGACGGCGUCGGCAACGACAGCAAGGGGAUACUCGUGCUCGGCGCAACCAACAUUCCGUGGCAGCUCGACGCCGCCAUCCGCCGACGCUUCCAACGGCGCGUCCACAUCGGAUUGCCCGACAUCAACGGCCGGGCGAGGAUGUUCAAGCUCGCCAUCGGCGACACCGACACGGCCCUGCAAUCGAGCGACUACAACGUCUUGGCCGCCAAGUCCGAUGGCUUCUCCGGAAGCGACAUCACGAACGUCGUGCAGCAGGCACUGAUGCGGCCGGUGCGGAAGAUCCUGCAAGCCACGCACUUCAAGCCGGUCAUGAAAGACGGGAAGCGAAUGUUGACCCCUUGCUCGCCGGGCGAUGCCGACAGGAUGGAAAUGACAUACGACGAUGUCAACUCGGACGAGCUGCUUGCUCCGGACGUGAUGCUGAAAGAUUUCGAGCUCGCGCUGGAUGACUCGCAUCCGACGGUGUCGAAAGACGACAUCGAGAAGCAGAUCGAUUGGACGAACGAGUUUGGCAGCGAAGGCGCUUGA